AUGCCUCAGACACAGACACAAACACACACGCCGCAGCCUUCUCAGUGUCACGUGACCGUCAGCGCUCCGCUCUCUCAGAAGUUCCGGUUGCCUAGAUACCGACUCCAAAACAAUAUGGCGGCGCAGAAAAGAGCUGCACCAUUUAAAGACCCUGUUGGUAACCUAGUAUCAAGUCCACGAUUCCUGAACAUGUUCCCACAGCAGAAAGAACACAGCGCAUUGGGCAAAGAGCAGGGUUAUGUUCCCAGUGAUCUUGAUCUGUUAAGCACUACAGUGAAACGAGUAAGCGAGUUGGAGGCCAGAGUGCGCCUGCAAACACGGGAGAUCGAACUGAAGGAUCAAGAGAUUGCUGCACUAGAGCAGAAGCUCAAGAAGCUGCAAAAGCAGAGGACAGGUCAUUCUUCGUCAGAGCAGCACGUUCAGGAACUGGAGAAUAGAUGCCAGGAACUACAGAAACAAAUUUCUGAUAUGGAGCAUUUCUUGAGUGAUUAUGGUCUUAUAUGGGUUGGAGAUGAUGAUUCAACUAACACUGCAGAGCAGAAAACCACCGGCAGCAGUUCAGGGCUCUCUUCGAACACUUUCCAACCUGAUUAUGACCUGAUUAUUGAGAAUUUGAGAGACCUAAAUGUUCUUGGUGGAGAAGGUGUUUCACAAAUACAGUACAGUGAAAGGGCAGCCCGUCUGAAACCCCCUGACCCUAUCCUGCUGACAUUAUACAAGAAUGGGAUCAUUAUGUUUCAGGGGCCAUUUCGAUCUUAUGAAGAUCCAUCAACUCGGCAAUGUCUCAAAGAUAUCAUGGAUGGAUAUUUCCCCUCCGAGUUGCAGACACGCUUUCCUGAAGGUGUAACAUUUCAGGUUAAAGAUUUGCGUGAUGUGGUGUUUCGAGAGAGAAGGUCAUGGGAUGAAUUUCCUGGCGCUGGUCAAACUAUUGGAGGCACAGAGGGUAACGUAAGAGAGACCAGUAAGUUACCAGGUCACCAGCUAUCCGUUGAUCAGUUUUUGAGCCGACUUCCAAAAUCUGUUGUGCGCGGUGGUCAGGUCUUGGAUAUUCAGGGUCCAAUAAGAGAAGCCCUGCAGGGAUCUAAAGGAGAAAAGACAGAACAAAUCUUAGUAGACUCUCCCCAUGUGUUAUCAAUGGAGAAAAGCUCCCAGACAGAUGUGGUUGUCUGUACACUAAGAGUCAAGUCUGAGAAUGGAGAGGACACCUACAGGGUGCGAAUGUUGUCCUCUGAAACCCUUGGGGAUCUGCGGAACUACCUAUCGCAACACAGAACUACUGAAGAGGCCUUUAAUAUCAUCAAUCGAUUGCCAUAUCAAGUUUAUGAGAACAAUGAAUGUACUCUCCAAGAAGCUGCCCUUGUACCCAAUGCUUUCCUCCUCCUGAGAAGAAAACCUUAAAAAUGAACUUGGUAAAUGGGUAUCAUAUGGCAAUCAAAUGACCCAAAAAUAACUUUU